AUGCAAGAUUACAUUGAUAUAAAACACGUUGAAGUUGUCUCAGAAACACAUAAUGAGGAACGUUUAUAUUACUUGCUCCAUCAAGCUGUAAAGAAAAUCACAAAUGAAGAAACUAAGUGGCGUAUAGUUUUUGAUGCAUCUUCACAUUCUCCAGGUCACCCAUCUUUGAACGACGCUCUUGAAGUAGGACCAAAUCUUCUUCCUGAUAUCUUAGCCACAUUGUUGAGAUUUCGACUUUCUAAAAUAGCAAUCACUAGUGAUGGGCGACAAGCAUUUCUGCAGCUGAUUCUAGCAGAAGAAGACAGAGAUGCAACACGAUUUAUUUGGUACAAUACUACAUAUACUCCUCCUGAUGGGAAACUCUGCGCUGAAGAUAACAUUGUAACUUACCGAUUCACACGUCUUCCAUUUGGACUCGUCUCUAAUCCAUUUUUAUUAGCAGCUUCUAUUCGUGAAUUGGCUGCAAAACACAAACAAGCAUAUCCUACAGCAACUAGACACGUUGAGAAUAACACCUAUACGGAUGAUUCUGUAACGGGAACGUCUAUGGAUACUGAAGCUCUGAUUCUUUACCAAGAACUGCAGCAACUUACAUCACUUAUUAGCCUACCAUUAGACAAAUGGACUACAAAUUCUAAGAUUUUGAAAGAUAUGUGGAAACAAGAAAACAUCUUGUUUAAGGAUAUUACGCAGGUCUUGGGUGUUAAGUGGGAUACUAACAGUGAUGUUUUUCAAAUUGAUGUGCAGACAAAAAUUGUUCAAGCAUGUAAAGAACCAGUAACAAAACGCUUACUACUGAAGUUGAUGUCAAAGUUUUACGAUCCUCUAGGCUUGUUUGCCCCAGUUACAGUAGUUGUGAAGAUAUUGUUUCAAGAUACAUGGCUUAGUGGUAUUCAGUGGGAUGAACUAUUACCUCCAUCUGUAGCACAGCAGUUGCACAAGUGGAUAAAUGAAUUACACUAUCUGAAUGAAAUAUGCAUCCCAAGAUGGAUUGGCUUUUCCGAAAAUUCCGACGUUACCAUACAUGUGUUUUGUGACUCUUCGGAACGUGCAUAUGGUGCUUGCUUGUACGCUCGUCACGCUGAUGAUAUUUCUACUGAGAUCCAUCUCAUUUGCAGUUGA